UGCUCUCCAGCGCCGCUAUGUGCAAGGAAUAAUGUUAUUGCCGAGCAACCGAUAUCGAUAGCAGACCAACGAACACAAGGAUUGGGCUGGGCUCUGGACAGCAUUGUAUAGCUACAGAGCUACGUUGGAUACAAAUAACAGAAUUUCUGGCUUGCUGCACAAACAGCAUAAUAACUAGGAAAAAGGGGAUGACGUAGAGGCCCCCCCAGGGACCCGGCCCAGCAGCACCCACAAUGAGCCUGACGUCGUGGUUCCUGGUGAGCAGCGGGGGCACGCGGCAUCGCCUGCCCCGCGAGAUGAUCUUUGUGGGCCGGGACGACUGCGAGCUCAUGCUGCAGUCGCGGAGCGUCGACAAGCAGCACGCCGUCAUCAACUACGAGGCGGCCAGCGACGAACACAAGGUGAAGGAUCUGGGCAGCCUGAACGGGACGUUCGUGAACGAUGUCAGGAUCCAGGAGCAGAUGUACAUCACUCUGAAGAUUGAUGACAAGUUGAGGUUUGGAUAUGAUACCAACCUGUUUACCGUCGUCCGCGGGGAGCUGCACGUCCCGGAGGAGGCACUGAAGCACGAGAAAUUCACCAGCCAGCUCCAGCUGACCAAGAAGCCGUCCACGGCGGAGCAGCCCACCAAAGCCUUGAAGUCCCCGGACGCCAAGCCUUCGGGGAGCAAAGCCGCAGUGGGGGGCGGCGAUGGGGGCGCCAGGCCACCUGACCCAGCCAAGGCGGAGGACAAGUUAGCAGGAGACAUAGCGGCGUUGCACAGGGGGACCCCUCUGUACGGACAGCCGUCUUGGUGGGGCGACGGGGACGCAGACGACGAGAACUCCUUCAAACAGGAGUCCAAGAAGCAGGAGAGCGGUGUGUCAGACGGCAAGGAGGCCAGGAAGAGUGAGAAGGUUAAGGAGGAGGGUGUCAGUCUGCUGGGCCCGGAACCGAGCUAUUUCGAGAUUCCCACCAAAGAGCUCCGGGCGGCGCCAGAGAGCGCGGUCCAAGAGGUGCCCACGAAGGACACGCAGGAAGCGGGCGGCACCCCCGCCACAGGGACGUCGGCCGGCGCUCAGGGCCACGCCUCCUUCACCAUCGAGUUCGACGACACCUCUCCUGGCAAGGUGACCAUCCGCGAUCACGUGUCCAAGUUUGCGCCGGACCAGCGGGUGCGGACCAGACGCUCCCCCCAGCAGGGCAGCCGGGAGCUGAGCACCCUGCAGGCCGCCAUGAUGGCCUCGGAGACCAAGGUGGCCGACUGGCUGGCCCAGAAUGACCCGCCAUUGGCCCGCAGGGAGUCCACCGAAGAGGACAGCAAGAGCAUCAAGAGCGACGUGCCCAUGCACCUGAAGCGACUGAAAGGCGCCGUGCCGAUGUGCAGUGACCCCCCCGGACUGAUCGCCCCCCUCCCCGUCUGCACAGGCAGCAAGCACGAGGACGGCACACAGAGCGACUCGGAGAAUGGUGCGGGGCUCCGAUUCGGCAGCCGGAGGCUGGCACUGGAGGAGCGGUUGCGGGGUGCCCAGGCGGCGCGGGCACAGGCGGGGUCCGAGGGCAAGAGUACCGAGGGCCUCGCUGCCGCCAGCCGCACCACCUUCAUGAUCGAGUUCUUCGACGAGGAAAACCCGCGCAAGCGUCGCUCGUACUCGUUCUCACAAACGGCACCUCUCAUUGGGGGUGUGGCGGGGGACCUUCCAUGCCCCACUCCUCCCUCCCGCCCCAAGGCUGCUAUAUCCGCCUCCUCGUCAUCGGCAGACGGCAGCAAGGGCCCGCCCUCCUCGUUACCAGUGACCGGCCCCUUGGCCACCCGUGUGCUCCUCAAGCAGAGGUCAGAGGACCCCGGCGUGACCCGGGGCUCAGCCAGCGUGAGCCAGCAGACCAGCCCCGCCGACGACUCCCACAGGACCCCCCGCUCUGGGGAGAAGGACCAUGACGACGACCAGAGCGACAAGGGCACGUAUACCAUCGAGCUGGACAACCGAAACCCGGAGGAGGAGGAGGCGAGGCGCAUGAUCGACAAGGUCUUUGGGGUGGAGCAGAGCACUGAUCCGGCCAGAGUCCGACCUGAGCACCAUGACACGCUGAAAGACUGGAAGACCUCGGUCCAGGGGGAGAUGAAGAAGUCUGACUGUUUGCCGUCAGAGAUCUUUCCAGAAGGCCCGGUUGCCGUGGGCAGCCCACGCUGGGUGUCUCAGUGGGCCACGCUCGCCGCCAAUCACACGCGGACGGACCCAGAGGGCUCCGGAGCUGAUUCGCCAGCCUUUGUCCACCAGGAGAAAGAAGCUGAUGCCAGUGAGUCCGGCGUCUCCAUCAAGAGCGCCACGUCCACCUCCAGCCACGGAGAGCGCAAGCGGAGAACCCUCCCCCAGCUCCCCACCGAGGACAAGGCCUCGGAUAGCUCGCGGGGCAAGCCAGGGAAGGUGGGCCUGCGCUCUGAGAUCGGGGAGAAGCAGGACACGGAGCCCCAGGAGAAGGAGAGCCAGUCGGAUCACAAGGGCCGGGCGACCGCAGCCAGCCGCCGGGUUACCAUGGAGACCGAGGUGACGUCCACCGUCAAGCCAGGCCAGACCCAGCAGCAGGAGACCAGGGCGGGGUUCUCCAAGCCCCCGGCUCGGGCCCCGGGGAGCGGAGAAAAGAGAACAGACGAGGGACGCAGGAAGAGGACCGAGGACAGGGCCGUGCAGGGCAAGGUCGCAGACGGGGCGGAGAAGUCGGGCAAGCCGCUGGUGAGGCAGGGCAGCUUCACCAUCGAGAAGCCCAGCGCCAACGUGCCCAUCGAGCUCAUCCCGCGAAUCAACAAGCAGCCGGGCGCCCUGCCGCUGGUGCGGGACCGCAGCGACUCCGUGGGCAGCAUUGACACGGCCACGCUGCUGAAAGACACGGAGGCCGUCAUGGCCUUCCUGGAGGCCAAGCUGCGCAAGGAGAACAAGCUGGAGGCCGGCGAGCAGCCAAGCUACCCGCGGGCCGGCUCCAUCUCGCCCGAAUCCGACGUGGACACAGCCAGCACCGUGAGCCAGGCGGCGGGUGACGGUGACCGGAAGGCCGCACAGAAGCGGCGGACGCUCAGCAGCCUGCACAAGGAGAAGACGGCCAGUGGGGGCAGCUCCACCACCAAGAGCGUGACCGGAGCCCGCGAGCGCCUGGACAGGAAGGGGAAGAGCCGCCCGUCCGAAUCCCGGCUCGAGGCCCACCGCUCUCUGCAGGCCGGCUCCAGACCCCGGCAGCCGUCCGUCGACCUGACCGACGACGACCAGACCUCCUCCCUGCCCCAUUCCACCAUCUCGGAUGUCCUCUCCUCCGACCAGGAGACGUACUCGGGCCGCUCUCAUGGCCGGGGCCAGUUCACCUCCACCGACGAGCUGCUACAUUCCAAGAUGGAGGCCGGCAAGGGCAGCAAGACAGUAGUGGCCCCGCCUACCGGCGCGGCCGUCGCGGGGAAACCGGCCACACUGCCCCGGCCGCGGCCUACCCGCGCCUCCCUGCUGAGACGGGCCCGCCUGGGGGACACCUCCGACACGGACCUGGCCGACGCGGACCGGGUGUCGGUGGCCUCCGAGGUGUCCACCACCAGCUCCACGUCACGGCCGCCGUCGGGGAAGAAGGCUCCCUCGCGCAUCGACAUGCUGGCGCAGCCUCGGCGGAACCGGUUGGGCUCUCUAUCGGCCCGCAGCGACUCAGAGGCCACCGUGGGCCGAUCCGGGGCCUCAUCGCGAGGCUCCAUCUCUGCAGAAACGGUCCUGCGGCUGGGGCUCCGCGUCGGCUCCAACGCCGACGGCAAAGUGGUGCCACGCAUGAGGGCCAACAGCGUGUCCAAGCUGCCCGACGCCAAGGCCAAGGCCGCCUACUCUAUCCACAGCUCCCCCUCUGAGAGCGUCGUGCCCGGCCCCGAAAACGUCCCGUCUCUGGAGGAGCUCCUGGCCAGCAGCCGGUGGCGACGCCUGCCCCCAGAAUACGCUUCCACGUCCGAAGACGAGUUCAGCUCCAGUAGGAACUCCCCCAAGCACGCCCGCCUGCGGCCCGGCACUGCCCUGCGCACCGCCCGUCUGGGGGGGUCUGUCCCCACCACGCCUAGUCCCAUGGCUGGGGCCAUGAAGCACCGAAUGAGGGAGCAGGAGGACUACAUCCGGGACUGGACGGCUCACAGCGAGGAGAUCGCUAGGUUAUUUCCCUGUGUGCGCAGGAUCAGCCAGGACCUGGCCAAGGACUUGGCCAUCCUGGCGCGCGAGAUCCACGACGUGGCGGGCGAGAUCGACUCGGUCAGCUCCUCGGGCACGGCGCCCAGCACCACAGUAAGCACUGCGGCCACCACGCCAGGCUCCGCCAUUGACACCCGGGAAGAGGUAGGGCCAUCUCAGGAAGGCUUGUGCAAGCUCGUGGACCGCGUCUUCGAUGAAAGCCUCAAUUUUAGGAAGAUUCCACCCGUAGUGCAGACCAAGGCCCCCGAGAUCAACGGACGUCCGGUGGAACUCCGCCCUCGAGCCCCCGAUAGCCAGGACCCCCAGACCGCCCUUCGGCGCCGCACGUGGAACCGUGAUGAGGCUGUGUUGGACAGUUUGCUCCUCACCUCAGUUUCCCAGCUGUCUGGAAAAAUCCGCCAAUCCGUGGACAAGACAGCUGGAAAAAUCAGGAUACUCUUUAAGGACAAAGACAGGAACUGGGAGGAGAUCGAGAGCAAACUCCGAGCGGAGAGCGACAUCCCACUUCUCAAGACGUCCAACAAGGAGAUCUCAUCGAUUCUGCUGGAGCUGAAGAGGGUGGAGAAGCAGCUCCAAGUCAUCAAUGUCAUGGUGGAUCCGGACGGCACACUGGAUGCUCUGACCAGCCUGGGACUGACCAGCCCCACUCUGCCCAAACCCAAGACGAGUCCGCUGUGCCCACAGGGGUCGGGUAAUGGUGCGUCCCGAGCCCCAGUGGUGCCGGUCCAGCCCCAGGAGACUGAGCGAGAUGUGGCUCUUCGCUUCAGCCGCCAGCAUCCCAGCGGCGAGGAGAGCCCCCUCACCCACAAGUGAAUGCAUGGGAAUCCCCCCCCCCGCCUCGCUGUAGCACUCUCCAGGCUACAAGGGUCCUGUCCUGUGAGAUGGUUCAAAUUUUACAGAUGCAUAAGUACUGAAUAUGUAUAUAUUUCAGCUCCCCCCCCCCCAACGUUUCAGCUCUCUGACUACAGACCACCUCAGCCUGCUAACCCUAACUGUAGCCUCUUUGUCUGGUGUGAGUAUCAAGUCUCAUAAAGCAGUUCCAUCUGUACUGCAGAAGAGGUUCACACACAGGUCAUGUGACUGGGGGAGGCUGGGCUUGGGCCAAUUGUGCAACAAUCCCCACCCCUCAACAUGUUCCUGUGAGGAACAUGGCAAGGACCAGGAGGAAUCAAGAGCGUCUCCCUUCCCAAGAUUCUUCUUUCUGUCUUGUUUAAAAAAAAAAAAAAAAGAUCUCUGUGGUUUUUUUUUUCUUCCGUGAGUAGCAUAAUAGAAAUUCUCCUGUGGCCAUAUCGUCUGUCGCCAUGACUACCCUAUUUUUUGUCACAUGACUAUAACUGACACACUGAAACUAUGGCAGCACUGCACAGUCAUUAAAAGGUAACAGUGUGUGGUUGUUUAAAAAAAAUGCGAUUAAAUGUCUUUAAUUGCAAGGAAAGGACAUAAGAAUAACCCCCUGUGUAAAACUGAAAGCUAAUUAAACCUUAGACGUGUUGCACAAGUUGUUCAAAUGCAACCCAAGUUACAGCAGAUUACUGUAUUGUGGAAUGCGCCCAGCGAUUGUACUCGGACUGUGUGUAUCUGAUACGAAUUCUUCACCUUGUAUUAUUCCUGUUGUAAGACAGGCAGAUGCACCUUCUCUGGUUCAUAAGUGCAUUAUGCUGUCAUAAGACUGACUUCUUGUUCAGUUUUCCAAGACUGACAUUCUACAGGAUGCAGUGGGGGGGAAAAAACAAACAAUGCAGGAAAAACCAAGGAAACCUGACCCCUUAAAACCGGUUUUCUAAACAGUUUCUAACCACUUCGAGGAAUACACUACCUAGUUUUGCUACACACCAGUACUGCCUGUUUCAUAAGUUUUCUGAAAAGUAACCAAACAGCUGUUAGCUUCAUAUCCGUGGUUAAUUUCAGUUUCUUCCUCCUGUCAUUGUAACUCUUUCUCUUUGUUAACUGGAAGUAUUAGAAUGGGAUAGUGUGUAUAUAGUUUUUUUUUCUCUUUAGAGACGUAAACUCUUAGAAAUUAAGUAAUAAAGACUGGUGACCCAGGUCAUUUUUGCACUGGAAACAGCUUGGUGUGCUGGUUUAAGCGAAGUGCAAAGUCCACAUUGUGUUUUAUUAUUUUUUUUUGUUUUGUUUUUUUUUUUAAUUUUAAAAGUCACAUUUUAGUUUACAGGGACCUCUGCAUCCCCAGUAGGCUUCUACCUGCUGUUAGUGAAAAAGCAAGCAAAAAAUUUCAGUUAAACUUGAAGGACUCAAUGUGAAAAUAGGCAUAUCUUGCCCAGAAGGAUGGAAUUAAGCCAAGUUCCGCCAUUAAUGAAGUCAGCCAGACGUAAUGUUCUGGGGUCAGCAUUCUCCCAUAUUUGUAACAAAAUCGUGGUGGCGGUUUGUUAGCCUUCAGAAACGGUUCUGAUCUGCCAUUUGCUCCGUACUCUAAUUGUCCACUUGGGAGGGAGAUUUUCCCCAAUUCUGUAGACGUAUGUACCUGGAACUCCUUGUUAACACUGCUGCUUAUCUGUACUUACCGUGAGGUUCUUGCAGAAAGAAAAGUUUAUGUUUUCCGGUCUAUUCCAUGUAAAGUUCAGUGCAGUAGGUAAAAAAUGCCUUUGCGAUAUGGUAUGUAUAGAUUUAAGCAAUAGUGAAGUUAGGUACCUGGAAAAAUGAAUGCCGCUUUUUUUCUUUUUUCAGUAUAUAAGUGUAUGACGCCACUAAGUGCCCGAUACUACAAUGGAAAUGCAAAGGAAACAAAACAGAAGAACUAACACCGACUGGAAAAAAAACAACAAAUAUUAAAAAUCGGGAAACGAAUGGAUAUCGGGGAUGAAUAUCUUUAAUUUGCACAUCCUGGGUGGUUUAUGUGUUUUUGUUCGCUUGGGAAGCAGGAUAUCGCAUUCAAGGCCGUUUUGACAUUAGGAGGUAAACAAAGACGAAAUCAAAUUCGGGACUCAUCUUUCUGUAUUCAGAACCAGAUGCAGGGCCCGCCUGUGGUCCAGGGUCAUUAUCAUGGGAAUAAAAACUAGAUUGGGAACUCAGCGAACCACAAAAGAAGUGGGUCUGUCAGCGAACCACAAAAGAAGAUAUCAAAAAAGAAAACAAAGUGUUCGGUACACUUUUUUUUAAGUUGUUUAUACGUUAUCAGUGUUUUGACUUUUUUUAUGGACACCUAAAAUAACAUAUUUAUUUUGUUUUUUUUUCAUGUACUGAAAUUUUGUUAUACAUUGUGUAUUUGCAUUAUUUUGUUAAUCACAUCCUCCCAAUUAUUUUCAAUAAAAUAAAAAAAUCAA